AUGCCCACUCUGACCAACGAGAAAUCCAAGGCCUCGAGUUUGAACACUGAGACAGCCUCGAUCCAGAGCACUUCGACCAUCUCGAGCCUCAAGGCUCUCCUGCACACCAAGAACAAAAAAGACAAGCCGCGCAUCCAGCCGGAGACCAUGGAGCAGAAGACCACGAGGAGGGAGGCUGCUGCUACCUAUAUGUCAAUGAUGAGAUAG